AACUAUCAUUAUCCAUUUCUCUUUCUUGUUCUCACUCAACAAAUCAAUAACAUCCUUAUUUUUCUCAAGGACUCUACUCUCUCUCUCUCGAAAACUCAUUGAAAUAUAUAUAUUUUUAUUUUAAAUUACUAACUAUAUAUAUCGAUCAUCAAUGGAUAUCAGGAAAACCAAAGCUGCGGCCUCACCUUCGUCGUCUUCUUCAUUUGAUCAUCUGUUUGGUCCAAAAGGAUCAGCCUCUGCUUCUUCUGCAUCUUCUUGUUCAACUAUACUUGACUCCAUUUUCCCUCCUCCAGUAGCAAGGAAGAAGGGAAAUCACACUGCUUCUGAAGUUCAAAGCAACAUCUCCCAAACUACUGAUGAGAGAAGCAGCCAUGAAAAGAGAGAAGCUUCGUAUUUCAGCUCCUCCAUUUACUACGGAGGCCAGCAACACUAUUCACCUCCACGAACCGAUGGCUCCUCCGCUUCUCCGUCUCAUCACCCCAAAGAAACCGAUGAUCGCACUGACACAACCCCCUCUGCUUCCAGAGGAAAUUGGUGGAAAGGUUCUUUGUAUUACUAAGAUCAACCUAAUGGUCCACUUGGUUUCCGCAAAGGCCAUAUAUAUCGUCUGCAUUCACAUCCUUAACUACUCUGCUGUGUGAUCUUUGGGGUUUUGUUUAUAUGUUUUUUUCAUCUUUUUUUUUUUUGUUUUUUUUUUGUUU